CCUGCGCCCGGCUCCCUCUGCCCUGCGCAGCGCCAUGGACGACCUGCGGGUGCUGUGGAUGCGCGACCGCGUGUAUGCGGCUUUCGGCAUCACCGAUCCCCAGCUUUUCGAGGACCUGCUCAACCGCGACGACGGCCAGGGCGAGGACCUCAUCCUGCACUUCCUCAACCAGGCGAGCGAGGAGGAGGGCUCCUCGGCGCUCUUCAUCUACCGCACGAUGGUGCCGGAGGAGGUGGAGGUGGAGAUUGAUGAGAUACCUGUCCUGUCUGCAGAGGAAGAAGAGGAAGAAGAGAUUUAUUCUCAAAAAGUGGAGUCCGUGGAUAAAGGGCGAGCUAAGCGUGUGUCACUGAGAACCGAAUCUCUAGGUCAACCUCUAAUCGACGUAGAGGAUGAAGAAAUGCACAAAGAGAUUUCAGAAAAUCUCCCUUCCAAAAGAAUUGUGAAGCACAUUGUGGAAAAAAUGCGUCUCCACAUGCUCUGUGCCCCUCUUCCCACGGAGUUCCUGGACCAAAACGUGGUGUUUUUUCUCAGAAAUACCAAAGAGGCAAUCUCUGAAGCUACCGACAUGAAGGAAGCUAUGGAAAUUAUGCCGGAAACACUGGAGUAUGGAAUUAUAAAUGCUAAUGUGCUCCAUUUUCUGAAGGAUAUUAUGUGUCAGGUUUUUUUGCCAGCAUUGUCCUUCAAUCAGCACAGGACAAGUACAACUGUGGGAGUUACAUCUGGAGAAGGCUUUGAUUCCCCUGAGUAUGAAUCAGACCUGCCGCCCAUGCCUGGGGAGACAGUAGAAUAUCACAGUAUUCAAUUAAUACGGGAUGAAUUUUUAAUGAAUGUGCAGAAAUUUGCAAGUAAUAUUCAAAGAACCAUGCAGCAACUUGAAGGUGAGAUCAAGUUAGAAAUGCCAACCAUCAGUGUGGAGGGAGAGGUGUCCGACCUGGCAGCUGACCCGGAAACUGUUGACAUCUUGGAGCAGUGUGUGAUAAACUGGCUGAACCAGAUAUCCAUAGCGGUUGAGGGCCAACUGAAGAAGACACCUCAGGGUAAAGGCCCUCUGGCUGAAAUUGAAUUCUGGAGGGAAAGAAAUGCAACUUUAAGUGCUCUGCAUGAACAAACAAAGCUUCCAAUAGUCAGAAAAGUCUUGGAUGUGAUCAAGGAAUCUGACUCCAUGCUUGUGGCUAACCUGCAGCCAGUGUUCACCGAGUUAUUCAAGCUCCACACGGAGGCCUCAGACAAUGUGCGCUUUCUCUCCACCGUGGAGCGUUAUUUCAAGAACAUAACGCAUGGGUCUGGCUUCCACGUGGUCCUGGACACCAUCCCCGCCAUGAUGAGUGCCCUGCGGAUGGUGUGGAUCAUCUCCCGACACUACAACAAAGAUGAGAGGAUGAUUCCGCUCAUGGAGCGCAUCGCCUGGGAAAUCGCCGAGAGAGUCUGUCGAGUGGUCAACCUGCGGACUUUGUUCAAAGAAAAUCGAGCGAGUGCCCAAAACAAAACCCUGGACGCCAGGAACACCCUCAAGCUGUGGAAAAAGGCCUAUUUUGACACCCGGGCCAAGAUAGAGGCCUCGGGGAGGGAAGCUCGGUGGGAGUUUGACCGGAAGCGGCUGUUCGAGAGGACGGAUUACAUGGCCACCAUCUGCCAGGACCUGUCCGACAUUCUGCAGGUUUUGGAGGAAUUUUAUAACAUAUUUGGUCCAGAACUAAAGGCAGUGACGGGGGACCCCAAACGCAUUGACGAUGUCCUGUGCAGGGUGGACGGCCUAGUCACCCCCAUGGAAAACCUGACCUUUGACCCCUUCAGCAUCAAGUCCUCCCAGUUCUGGAAAUAUGUGAUGGAUGAAUUCAAGAUUGAAGUUCUGGUUAUUGAGAAAGAAGCAAAACAUUUUAUUGAUGAAUCUUUUAAGACGCUUCGAUCCGCUGAAGCAGCAUUUGACAUGCUUUUAAAAUUUAAGCACAUUCGUUCACGGGAGGCUGUUAAUCGACAAAUGAUGAUGAAAUUUAAUGAUAUUCUUGCACAGUACUGUAAAGAGGUCAAACAGAAAUAUUUGGAAGUGGGUAGGACGAUGAAGGAGUAUGAAGACAGGAAGUACGAGCAGUGGAUGGAGGCGACGGAGCAGGUGCUGCCGGCCCUCAUGAAGAAGAGCCUUUUGACCAAGUCUUCCACCGCUGCGGAGGAGCCUUGGACUUCAGAAAGGGGAGCUGUUUUUGCAAUCAACUUUUCACCUGCUCUCAGGGAGAUUAUUAAUGAAACGAAGUACUUAGAGCAGCUGGGGUUCACUGUCCCUGAAUUAGCAAGAAAUGUUGCGCUCCAGGAAGACAAAUUCCUUAGGUACACAGAUGGGAUACAGCGCAUGUUGGAUCAUUAUCACACGCUCAUAGGAACAUUAAACGAGGCAGAGUCCGUGCUUCUCAACGACCAUUCCCAGGAGCUACUCCGAGUGUUUCGGUCUGGAUAUAAGAGGUUGAACUGGAACUCACUGGGUAUUGGUGACUAUAUAACUGGUUGCAAACAGGCCAUUGGGAAAUUUGAGUCUCUCGUCCACCAGAUUCAUAAGAAUGCAGAUGACAUUUCUUCCAGGCUGACAUUAAUAGAGGCCAUAAAUCUCUUUAAAUAUCCAGCUGCUAAAAGCGAGGAAGAACUCCCAGGUGUGAAGGAAUUUUUUGAACACAUUGAGCGAGAAAGGGCCAGAGACGUGGACCACAUGGUCCGGUGGUAUCUUGCCAUUGGACCGCUGCUGACUAAAGUUGAGGGCCUGGUCGUCCACACCAACACAGGCAAGGCCCCCAGGCUGGCCUCCUACUACGAAUACUGGGAAAAGAAAAUUUAUGAGGUCCUGACAAAGCUCAUUCUGAAGAAUUUGCAGUCUUUUAAUUCUUUGAUCCUUGGAAAUGUCCCUCUGUUCCAAACUGAAACCAUUCUGACGGCUCCUGAGAUCAUCCUUCAUCCCAACACAAAUGAGAUCGACAAGAUGUGCUUCCAUUGUGUCCGGAAUUGUGUGGAGAUCACCAAGCAUUUUGUUCGUUGGAUGAAUGGCAGCUGCAUAGAAUGCCCCCCUCAGAAGGGGGAGGAAGAAGAAGUUGUUAUAAUAAACUUUUACAAUGAUAUCUCUCUGAACCCUCAGAUAAUUGAACAAGCUGUUAUGAUCCCCCAAAAUGUCCACAGGAUUCUGAUCAAUCUUAUGAAGUAUCUACAAAAAUGGAAGCGGUAUCGACCUCUCUGGAAAUUGGACAAAGCUAUUGUGAUGGAGAAAUUUGCCUCCAAGAAACCUCCUUGUGUAGCAUAUGAUGAAAAAUUGCAGUUCUAUUCCAAGAUAGCCUAUGAGGUUAUGCGCCACCCUCUAAUUAAGGAUGAGCAUUGCAUCAGACUUCAGCUCGGGCAUCUGGCAAACACAGUGCAGGAAAAUGCCAAGUCCUGGGUGAUUUCGCUUGGAAAACUUCUCAAUGAGUCAGCAAAAGAGGAGCUCUAUAGUCUCCAUGAAGAGAUGGAGCACCUGGCCAAAAGCCUUAGGAAGAUCCCCAAUACCCUUGAAGAUCUCAAGUUUGUCCUUGCAACAAUUGCAGAAAUUAGAAGUAAAUCUCUAGUCAUGGAAUUAAGAUACAGGGACGUCCAGGAGCGAUACCGUACCAUGGCAAUGUAUAACCUCUUUCCUCCUGAUGCAGAGAAAGAACUGGCUGAUAAGAUUGAGAGCACGUGGUCCAAUCUGUUUAAUGAUUCGGUGAAUGUGGAGCAUGCUCUUGGGGACAUAAAGAGAACUUUCACAGAGAUUACUCGAGGCGAAAUAAUGAACUACAGAGUUCAGAUAGAGGAUUUUGCAAAGCGUUUUUACAGUGAAGGCCCUGGUUCUGUUGGUGAUGAUCUUGAUAAAGGAGUAGAGCUUUUAGGUGUUUUUGAAAGAGAGCUGGCAAGGCAUGAAAAGAGCCGUCAGGAACUGGCUAACGCUGAGAAACUUUUCGAUCUUCCUAUUACCAUGUACCCAGAGCUGCUGAAAGUGCAGAAGGAAAUGAGUGGGCUGAGGAUGAUUUACGAGCUCUACGAAGGACUAAAGGUUGCAAAAGAAGAAUGGUCUCAGACCCUUUGGAUCAAUCUGAAUGUGCAGAUUCUCCAGGAAGGAAUUGAAGGUUUUCUCAGGGCUCUCAGAAAGCUACCUCGGUCAGUCCGUGGCUUAUCAGUGGCCUACUACUUGGAAGCGAAAAUGAAGGCAUUCAAAGACUCAAUUCCUUUACUUCUUGACUUGAAACAUGAGGCACUAAGAGACAGGCAUUGGAAAGAACUUAUGGAAAAAACGUCUGUCUUUUUUGAAAUGACCGAAACGUUCACCCUAGAAAAUAUGUUUGCUAUGGAACUGCACAAACACACGGAUGUUCUCAAUGAGAUUGUCACAGCAGCAAUCAAGGAGGUUGCCAUUGAGAAGGCUGUGAAGGAAAUCCUAGACACGUGGGAAAAUAUGAAAUUCACUGUAGUCAAGUAUUACAAAGGCACACAGGAGCGAGGCUACAUCCUGGGUUCUGUUGACGAAAUUAUUCAGUCUCUUGAUGACAACACUUUCAACCUGCAGAGCAUCUCAGGAAGCAGAUUUGUGGGGCCUUUCCUGCAAACUGUUCACAAAUGGGAAAAAACGCUUUCUCUAAUAGGAGAAGUCAUUGAGAUUUGGAUGUUGGUUCAGAGAAAAUGGAUGUAUCUUGAAAGUAUUUUUAUUGGUGGAGAUAUAAGAUCACAACUCCCGGAAGAGGCAAAAAAGUUUGACAACAUCGAUAGAGUAUUUAAAAGGAUCAUGGGCGAGACCUUAAAAGACCCCGUGAUCAAGAGGUGCUGUGAAGCCCCAAACCGCCUCAGUGACCUACAGAAUGUCAGCGAGGGCCUGGAGAAAUGCCAGAAAAGUCUCAACGACUACUUAGAUUCGAAGAGAAACGCCUUCCCGAGGUUCUUCUUCAUUUCUGACGAUGAGCUGCUCAGCAUUCUGGGGAGCAGUGACCCACUCUGCGUCCAGGAGCACAUGAUCAAGAUGUACGACAACAUAGCAUCGCUGCGGUUUAACGACGGCGAUAGUGGAGAAAAACUGGUGUCCGCGAUGAUUUCAGCGGAAGGAGAAGUCAUGGAGCUGCGGAAGAUCGUGCGGGCCGAAGGGCGCGUGGAGGACUGGAUGACGGCAGUUUUGAAUGAAAUGAGAAGAACUAAUAGACUAAUUACCAAAGAGGCUAUUUUUAGAUACUGUGAAGACAGAAGCAGAGUCGACUGGAUGCUCCUGUACCAGGGCAUGGUGGUGCUGGCCGCCAGCCAGGUGUGGUGGACCUGGGAGGUGGAAGACGUCUUCCACAAAGUGCAAAAAGGGGAGAAGCAGGCCAUGAAGAACUACGGCAGGAAAAUGCACCGACAGAUCGAUGAGUUGGUAACGCGCAUCACCAUGCCCCUGAGCAAAAACGACAGGAAAAAAUACAACACCGUUCUCAUCAUUGACGUGCACGCCAGAGACAUAGUUGAUUCUUUCAUAAGAGGCAGCAUCCUGGAGGCCCGAGAGUUUGAAUGGGAAAGUCAGUUGCGGUUUUAUUGGGACCGGGAGCCAGAUGAGCUGAACAUCCGCCAGUGCACGGGAACCUUUGGCUACGGAUACGAGUACAUGGGUCUGAACGGCAGGCUGGUCAUCACGCCCCUCACCGACCGGAUUUACCUGACGCUCACCCAGGCACUGUCCAUGUAUCUGGGUGGGGCCCCUGCUGGCCCAGCAGGUACCGGCAAAACCGAGACCACCAAGGACCUGGCGAAAGCCUUGGGUUUGCUCUGCGUUGUCACCAACUGUGGCGAAGGCAUGGAUUACAAGGCCGUGGGGAAGAUUUUCUCUGGCCUGGCCCAGUGCGGGGCUUGGGGCUGCUUUGAUGAGUUUAAUCGAAUCGACGCUUCUGUGCUCUCCGUGAUCUCCUCUCAGAUCCAGACAAUCCGAAACGCUCUGAUCCAUCAGUUAACCACGUUCCAGUUUGAAGGGCAGGAGAUUUCCCUGGACUCCCGCAUGGGCAUCUUCAUCACCAUGAACCCCGGCUACGCGGGCCGCACGGAGCUGCCCGAGUCAGUGAAGGCGCUGUUCAGGCCCGUGGUCGUGAUCGUGCCCGACCUGCAGCAGAUCUGCGAGAUCAUGCUCUUCUCCGAGGGCUUCCUGGGGGCCAAGACUCUGGCAAAAAAGAUGACAGUUCUGUAUAAGCUGGCCCGGGAGCAGCUGUCCAAGCAGUAUCACUAUGAUUUUGGACUCAGAGCCCUGAAAUCGGUGCUGGUCAUGGCUGGUGAGCUGAAGAGAGGCUCCUCUGACCUUAGGGAGGACGUGGUGCUGAUGAGGGCCCUGCGAGACAUGAACCUGCCCAAGUUUGUGUUUGAAGAUGUUCCUCUUUUCCUCGGUUUGAUUUCGGAUCUGUUUCCUGGGCUGGACUGCCCUCGUGUCCGCUACCCUGACUUCAAUGAUGCGGUAGAGCAGGUCCUGGAGGAGAACGGCUACACGGUCCUACCCAUCCAGGUGGAUAAAGUGGUUCAAAUGUUCGAGACCAUGUUAACCCGCCACACGACGAUGGUGGUGGGACCCACCAGAGGGGGCAAGUCCGUCGUCAUUAACACUCUGUGUCAGGCCCAGACCAAGCUUGGGCUGAUGACAAAGUUGUACAUCCUGAACCCCAAAGCCGUGAGUGUCAUAGAACUCUAUGGCAUCCUGGACCCAACCACCCGAGACUGGACCGAUGGGGUGUUGUCAAACAUCUUCAGGGAAAUCAACAGGCCAACGGAUAAGAAGGAGCGAAAGUAUAUUUUAUUUGAUGGUGAUGUGGAUGCUCUAUGGGUGGAAAACAUGAAUUCUGUGAUGGAUGACAACAAGUUGUUGACAUUGGCCAAUGGGGAACGCAUCCGGCUCCAAGCACACUGUGCCCUGCUCUUUGAGGUUGGAGAUUUACAGUAUGCCUCCCCUGCAACUGUCUCUCGAUGUGGAAUGGUUUAUGUGGACCCUAAAAACUUGAAAUAUAGACCUUACUGGGAAAAAUGGGUUAAUCAAAUACCAAACAAGGUGGAACAAUACAAUUUGAAUAGUCUCUUUGAGAAAUAUGUGCCCUAUCUCGUGGAUGUGAUAGUGGAAGGGAUAGUGGAUGGAAGACAAACAGAGAAGCUGAAGACAAUAGUUCCUCAGACAGACCUCAAUAUGGUAACCCAGUUAGCCAAGAUGUUGGAUGCAUUACUAGAAGGAGAAAUAGAGGACCUCGACCUGCUGGAGUGCUACUUCCUGGAGGCUCUAUACUGCUCUCUGGGAGCCUCCCUGCUUGAGGAUGGAAGGACGAAAUUUGACGAAUAUAUCAAACGCCUUGCUUCUUUGUCUACUGUUGACACAGAAGGAGUUUGGGCCAACCCUGGGGAACUGCCAGGUCAACUUCCAACCUUGUAUGACUUUCAUUUUGAUGACAAACGGAAUCAGUGGGUCCCAUGGAGUAAAUUAGUUCCAGAGUAUAUUCAUGCCCCCGAGAGGAAAUUUAUCGACAUCCUGGUUCACACAGUGGAUACCACUCGGUCUACCUGGAUAUUGGAACAAAUGGUUAAAAUUAAGCAACCUGUUAUUUUUGUUGGUGAAUCUGGCACUUCUAAGACAGCCACUACCCAGAAUUUCCUCAAAAAUCUGAGUGAAGAAACUAACAUUGUGUUAAUGGUCAACUUCUCCUCCCGCACCACAUCCAUGGAUAUCCAAAGAAAUUUAGAAGCAAAUGUGGAAAAGCGAACCAAAGAUACUUACGGCCCGCCCAUGGGAAAACGCCUGCUGGUGUUCAUGGAUGACAUGAAUAUGCCAAGGGUGGAUGAAUACGGCACGCAGCAGCCAAUUGCCUUGCUGAAGCUGCUGUUGGAGAAAGGCUAUUUAUAUGACCGUGGGAAGGAGCUGAACUGUAAAAGCAUUCGAGACCUUGGCUUUAUUGCUGCAAUGGGAAAAGCCGGAGGAGGCCGCAAUGAAGUUGACCCGAGAUUUAUUUCACUAUUCAGUGUCUUCAACGUGCCGUUUCCUUCAGAGGAGUCUCUGCAUUUAAUUUAUUCCUCCAUCCUGAAAGGCCAUACCUCGACGUUUCAUGAAAGCAUUGUGGCUGUGAGUGGCAAGCUGACAUUCUGCACGCUAGCACUUUACAAAAUUAUUGUGCAAGACCUACCUCCCACUCCGUCGAAGUUCCAUUACAUCUUCAACCUUCGAGAUCUCUCACGGGUUUUUAAUGGUCUUGUCCUCACUAACCCGGAGCGAUUCCAGACGGUGGCCCAGAUGGUGAGAGUCUGGAGGAAUGAAUGUCUGAGAGUCUUCCACGACCGGCUGAUCAGUGAAACAGACAAGCAGCUGGUACAACAGCACUUAGGUGAUUUGGUUACGGAACAUUUUAACGAUGACGUGGAGGUGGUGAUGAGGGAUCCCAUAUUGUUUGGAGACUUCCGGAUGGCUCUGCACGAGGGAGAACCACGCAUUUAUGAAGACAUCCAGGACUACGAGGCGGCCAAGGCUCUGUUCCAGGUAUUUGAGAUCCUGCUGAGCCGAGGCUACUCGGAGAACAAUUUCCGGGAAGACCUGAAGAGCCUCUAUUUGAAACUCGGGAUCGAGAACAAAGCGACGAUCUUUCUGUUCACGGACGCCCAUGUGGCCGAGGAAGGCUUCCUGGAGCUCAUCAACAACAUGCUGACCUCAGGAAUUGUACCUGCGCUUUUCCCUGAAGAGGAGAAGGAGUCUAUCCUGAGUCAGAUUGGACAGGAAGCUCUGAAGCAAGGCAUGGGGCCGGCCAAGGAGUCCGUGUGGCAGUACUUCGUGAACAAAAGUGCAAAUAACCUGCACAUUGUCCUGGGCAUGUCGCCAGUGGGGGACACCCUGAGGACCUGGUGCAGAAACUUCCCAGGGAGCGUGCAGUGUAGUACUGGCAUCUACUGGUUUGUCCUUUGGCCUAAAAAUACAUUUUUUAUUCCUUCCUCUUCAGGGCGUAAUCCAAUGAUCCCGGCAGAAAAUAUAGAAAAUGUGGUAAAGCAUGUUGUUUUGGUUCACCAGUCCGUGGGUCACUACAGCAAACAGUUUCUACAGAAAUUGAGGCGCAGCAACUAUGUCACUCCCAAGAACUACCUUGAUUUUAUUCACACCUAUUCAAAAUUGCUGGAUGAGAAAACUCAGUAUAAUAUAGCUCAGUGCAAGCGUCUGGACGGGGGACUGGACAAGCUGAAGGAGGCCACCAUCCAGCUGGACGAGCUGAACCAGAAGCUGGCCGAGCAGAAGAUCGUGCUGGCCGAGAAGUCUGCCGCCUGCGAGGCCUUGCUGGAGGAGAUCGCCGUCAACACCGCUGUAGCUGAGGAGAAGAAGAAACUGGCGGAGGAAAAGGCCAUAGAGAUAGAGGAGCAGAACAAGGUCAUUGCCAUGGAGAAGGCUGAGGCCGAGACGACCCUGGAGGAGGUCAUGCCCAUCCUGGAGGCCGCGAAGCUGGAGCUGCAGAAGCUGGACAAGUCGGACGUGACUGAGAUUAGGUCGUUUGCUAAGCCCCCGAAGCAGGUGCAGACGGUCUGUGAAUGCAUCCUCAUCAUGAAGGGGUACAAAGAGCUCAACUGGAAAACCGCCAAGGGCAUGAUGUCCGACCCGAAUUUCCUGAGGUCUCUGAUGGAGAUCGAUUUUGAUUCGAUUACCCAGAGCCAAGUGAAAAACAUCAAAGGCCUCUUGAAGACUCUUAAUACCACGACUGAAGAAAUGGAAGCUGUCAGCAAAGCCGGGCUGGGGAUGCUGAAAUUUGUCGAAGCUGUAAUGGGCUACUGUGAUGUUUUCAGAGAGAUCAAGCCCAAAAGAGAGAAGGUGGCCAGGUUGGAGCGGAAUUUUUACCUCACUAAACGGGAACUGGAAAGGAUCCAGAAUGAGUUGGCAGCAAUUCAGAAAGAGCUGGAAACAUUGGGUGCCAAAUACGAGGCCGCCAUACUGGAAAAGCAGAAGCUGCAGGAGGAAGCCGAGAUCAUGGAGAGGCGGCUGAUUGCUGCAGACAAACUCAUCUCGGGUCUGGGGUCGGAAAACAUCAGGUGGCUGAAUGACCUGGAUGAGCUGAUGCACCGGCGUGUGAAGUUGCUGGGGGACUGCCUGCUCUGCGCGGCCUUCCUGAGCUACGAGGGAGCCUUCACCUGGGAGUUCCGUGACGAGAUGGUCAAUCGGAUUUGGCAAAACGACAUCCUGGAGCGGGAGAUUCCUCUGAGCCAGCCUUUCCGGCUGGAAAGCCUGCUCACGGAUGAUGUUGAGAUCAGCAGAUGGGGAUCCCAGGGCCUUCCCCCCGAUGAGCUGUCUGUUCAGAAUGGCAUCCUCACCACCCGGGCCAGCCGCUUCCCUCUCUGCAUCGACCCCCAGCAGCAGGCCCUCAACUGGAUCAAGAGAAAAGAGGAGAAGAACAAUCUGCGGGUCGCUUCCUUUAACGACCCUGACUUCCUCAAGCAGCUAGAGAUGUCCAUAAAGUACGGGACCCCUUUCCUGUUCCGCGAUGUUGAUGAAUACAUCGAUCCUGUGAUUGAUAACGUCUUAGAAAAAAAUAUAAAAGUCUCCCAAGGACGGCAGUUUAUUAUCCUGGGAGACAAGGAAGUUGACUAUGAUUCAAAUUUCAGACUGUACCUAAACACCAAGCUGGCCAAUCCCAGAUACUCCCCAUCCGUGUUUGGGAAAGCUAUGGUCAUCAAUUACACCGUCACGCUGAAGGGCCUGGAGGACCAGCUGCUGAGCGUGCUGGUGGCUUAUGAGAGGCGGGAGUUGGAGGAGCAGCGGGAGCACCUCAUCCAGGAGACCAGCGAGAACAAGAACCUACUCAAGGACCUGGAAGAUUCCCUCCUUCGGGAGCUGGCCACGUCCACCGGGAACAUGCUGGACAAUGUGGACCUGGUGCACACCCUGGAGGAGACCAAAUCCAAGGCAACAGAGGUCUCAGAGAAACUCAAGCUGGCGGAGAAGACAGCCUUGGACAUCGACAGGCUGCGGGAUGGCUACCGGCCAGCAGCCAGGAGGGGGGCCAUCCUGUUCUUCGUGCUGUCUGAGAUGGCCCUGGUGAACUCCAUGUACCAGUACUCCCUGAUUGCCUUCUUAGAGGUCUUCGGGCUGUCACUGAAGAAGUCGCUGCCCGAUUCCAUUCUCAUGAAACGCCUGAGGAACAUCAUGGACACACUGACCUUCAACAUCUAUAACUACGGCUGCACGGGGCUGUUUGAGAGGCACAAGCUACUCUUUUCUUUUAAUAUGACCAUCAAGAUAGAACAAGCAGAAGGGAGAGUCCCUCAAGAAGAAUUAGAUUUCUUUCUAAAAGGAAACAUUUCCCUGGAGAAAAGCAGAAGAAAAAAGCCCUGCGCUUGGUUGUCUGACCAAGGAUGGGAAGAUAUCAUUCUUUUAUCAGAGAUGUUUUCAGACAGCUUUGGGCGACUUCCUGAUGAUGUUGAGAAUAACCAGACUGUCUGGCAGGAGUGGUAUGACCUGGAUUCACUGGAGCAGUUUCCAUUCCCCUUGGGUUACGAUAACAACAUCACCCCUUUCCAGAAAUUGCUUAUUUUGCGCUGUUUCCGUGUGGAUCGGGUCUAUCGGGCAGUGACUGACUAUGUGACUGUAACAAUGGGAGAGAAGUAUGUACAGCCCCCAAUGAUCAGCUUUGAAGCUAUUUUUGAGCAGAGCACUCCAAAUUCGCCCAUUGUGUUUAUCCUGAGUCCUGGCUCUGACCCUGCCAGUGAUCUUAUGAAAUUAGCAGAGCGAAGUGGUUUUGGAGGAAAUCGCCUCAAAUUCCUUGCAAUGGGUCAAGGUCAAGAAAAGGUGGCCCUGCAGCUGCUGGAGACUGCAGUGGCUCGGGGGCAGUGGCUGAUGCUGCAGAACUGCCACCUCCUGGUCAAGUGGCUGAAAGAUCUGGAGAAGUCCUUGGAGAGGAUCACCAAGCCCCACCCAGACUUCCGCCUGUGGCUCACCACGGACCCCACCAAGGGCUUCCCCAUUGGGAUUCUGCAGAAGUCCCUAAAGGUUGUCACUGAGCCGCCCAAUGGGCUGAAACUCAACAUGAGGGCAACUUACUUCAAGAUCUCUCACGAAAUGCUGGACCAGUGCCCGCACCCUGCCUUCAAGCCGCUGGUCUACGUGCUGGCAUUCUUUCAUGCUGUGGUGCAGGAGAGAAGGAAGUUUGGGAAGAUUGGCUGGAACGUAUACUAUGACUUCAAUGAGUCUGACUUCCAGGUCUGCAUGGAAAUUCUGAACACGUACUUAACGAAAGCCUUCCAGCAACGGGACCCGAGGAUCCCGUGGGGCAGCCUCAAGUACCUAAUUGGAGAGGUCAUGUAUGGAGGACGGGCCAUCGACAGCUUUGAUCGCCGCAUCCUGACCAUCUACAUGGAUGAGUACCUGGGGGACUUCAUUUUUGAUACUUUCCAGCCAUUCCACUUCUUCCGGAACAAGGAAGUGGACUACAAAAUCCCUGUUGGUGACGAAAAGGAGAAAUUUGUUGAAGCCAUUGAGGCCCUCCCGCUUGCCAACACGCCAGAAGUGUUUGGUCUCCACUCCAACGCUGAGAUUGGCUAUUACACACAGGCGGCUCGAGACAUGUGGGCGCACCUGCUGGAGCUGCAGCCUCAGACAGGGGAAUCCAGCAGUGGCAUCAGCCGCGAUGAUUAUAUUGGCCAAGUGGCCAAAGACAUAGAAAACAAGAUGCCCAAAGUCUUUGACUUGGACCAAGUGAGGAAGCGCCUUGGAACAGGAAUCUCCCCCACUUCGGUGGUGCUCCUGCAGGAGCUGGAACGCUUCAACAAGCUUGUGGUCCGGAUGACCAAGUCUCUGGCUGAACUUCAAAGGGCCUUAGCUGGAGAAGUUGGAAUGAGCAAUGAGUUAGACGAUGUGGCCAGGUCUCUUUUUAUCGGGCAGAUCCCUAAUAUCUGGAGAAGGCUUGCUCCCGACACCUUAAAGUCCCUUGGAAACUGGAUGGUCUACUUCCUGCGGCGGUUCAGCCAGUAUAUGUUGUGGGUCACCGAGGGUGAGCCCAGCGUGAUGUGGCUCUCAGGGCUGCACAUCCCUGAGUCCUACCUCACGGCGCUGGUGCAGGCCACCUGCCGGAAGAACGGCUGGCCGCUGGACCGCUCCACCUUGUUCACACAAGUGACCAAGUUCCAGGACGCAGAUGAAGUGAAUGAGCGGGCGGGACAAGGGUGCUUUGUCUCAGGACUGUACCUGGAGGGUGCUGACUGGGAUAUAGAAAAAGGAUGUCUUAUCAAGAGCAAACCCAAGGUGCUGGUUGUGGACCUGCCGAUCCUGAAGAUCAUCCCCAUUGAAGCCCAUCGCCUCAAGCUGCAGAAUACCUUCCGGACCCCCGUCUACACCACCUCCAUGAGAAGGAACGCCAUGGGAGUCGGCUUGGUGUUUGAAGCUGAUCUCUUUACCACGAGGCACAUUUCUCACUGGGUGCUGCAAGGAGUAUGCCUCACCCUGAAUUCUGAUUAACCUUUGGGUGAAGAAAACUGCUUAAUGAAUUCGGAGCCUCGGGCUGGUUGGGAAGAGUGAUCAGGUCUGCUGUCAUUUCUUGGGGCUUCUCAAGAGGCAGGAGGGGGACUGACACUGAUUUUUCAUUUGAAAUCAGCCAUUUAAAUCUCUUUCCAUACAAAUUAACCUGAAUGGUUUUAUUUUUAAUACUACUUUUUAAAAGGAAUUUAUAUGAUCACAAAGUAAAUAUUGGAGAGUAUUUUAA